UUGCGUCUCGAUCGCAGCCGCGUUACCACGAAUGCCGACGCCGAAUCGGCAACCAUCGCCGAGUUCCGGCACCACCGGCACCACCUCCACAGUGUCGUCGACAAUUGGUGAGGGCGAUGCGACCCAAAGCGUUAACAUGUACCCGAUGGGUGUCGCAACGUCCACCGCUACGGCGACAGCAAUACCGGUAACGACGGCGACCUCGGCGACAGCACCGAUGUCGUCGACGGCCACUUCCAGCACCGGAAGCCAGACUGGUAUCUCCAGAAGCGUUUCCGUGCCGAAUGCGCCGCGUCCGGUCAUUCAGAUCAGCAGCUCUUCGGCAAGCACCUCGGCGACGCAACGACCAAGAUUAAGGAGGAACUUCAGCCGCACCGAGGCUAUCCGGAAUUACAUCAGACGCGAGACAGCGCAGUUUUUCGGGGUCGAUGAGGAAUCGGAGGCCCUAGAGAAGCAGAGAUGGCUGGACCGACGGCGGCGCAUGGCGUCAAGGAAGUACGGCGCGUUGGUAGCAGAACAUAAGCCACCAGAUCCGGAUAUCACCAAGGACGUACCGGACGCAACUGAGAUACCAGAAGGUGUUACGCUCAGACGAUGGCAACAACCAGUACGAAGGAAAGAUUCUGUUGCGAGGAUAACGCUGUCAGGUCUCCAUUACAUCAUCGAGUCGCUAACAAAACAACGUUCUCGCGAGCGUUCACAUUUGCGCCCGGAAUCGCGCAGUUUUCCGCCGAGCGUGGUCGCGUACCUGUCGAGGUCAGAAGGGGUGUCGUAUCACGGCAGCGGCCAAGACGAGGAGGAAUCUUUCUUUGAAAGGCCACCACCACCCCCACCACCCCUGCCACCACCGCUAUCGUCGCAGCAGUCGCAAACGCAGAUUGAUCAAACUCCUAGUGGGCUGGUUAAGGAUGAAGAAGUCGAAACCAAGGUUGCGGACAUCCUCGAAACCGAGCAAGACCACGAAGGAAUCAGUUCUGAGGAAUUGGUCGGGUUUGCACAACAGAAAAAUGACAGGACAACGAUCGACGGACAAAUUAGACGACCCCGUCAGAUCACGAGGGACCAUUACACUUCCAGAAAGACAAGUUGGAGCAGGUCAAAGUACGAUGCGUCUCCGGCGGAGAGUACGCGAGUAUCACACAAUGAAGGGGUGACUCUCAGGAAGGAGUUAGCUGGCGCCACGAGAAUCUCCCCGAACACAAUAGAUCGCGUCUUCGACAACAGUAAUCGACGGCAAUACGGGAUGGGCAUCGUCGGUCGUUUCUUCGGGCGAUCUUUCCGGAAGAGUGUUGCGCGCAAGCCAGACAUAAAGAAGCAAUUAGACGACUUCGAGGAUCAUCGGCCGUAUUUCACAUAUUGGAUCACCACCGUGCAAGUGUUGAUUCUCAUAAUAUCGUUGGCGUGCUACGGAUUCGGUCCUGUUGGGAUGGAUCUCAAUCAUCGGUCGGGGCUGGUUCUCGUAACGAGUCUGUCGUUGCAACAAGUCGACUAUCAGGAACCAGCAAAUUUCUGGCUAGGUCCGAGAGCUGCAGACCUAAUUCACUUGGGUGCUAAGUUCGCGCCGUGUAUGCGCCGGGAUAUUAAAAUCUUGAAGGAAAUCGACAUCUGGCGAGAAAGAGAACGAGACACCGCCUGCUGCAUCAGGAAUGAUGACUCAGGCUGUGUCCAAUCCAGUAAAGCCGACUGCUCGGUCCGAGGAUUAAGAUCUACCGUUACGAAUACAAUCUCGACCUGGAAAAAGUGGGGACCCGGCGACAGUGGACCUGGUGGUCGCAUCAGCGGAUCAGUUUGCGGCUUGGAUCCGAAGUUUUGUGACGCUCCGGCAAGUAUUGCCCCUUACGAGUGGCCGGACGACAUUACAAAGUGGCCGAUCUGCCGAAAAACUAAUCCUUUCAACCAACGCUUCAGCAAAAACGGAAGUCAACGUAUCAACGGCAACUUCCCUAUUGGUCGCUAUAAGGAUAAAAUGGCGGAACACAUGGUGUGCGAAGUGAUAGGUCAUCCGUGUUGCAUCGGGAUUCACGGAAUGUGUCGGAUCACCACGAAGGAAUAUUGCGACUUUGUCCACGGUUACUUUCAUGAGGAAGCGUCCCUGUGCUCGCAGGUGGAAUGUUUGCACGACGUCUGUGGGAUGAUACCGUUUCUGCAUCCGGAAUGGCCGGACCAGUUUUACAGACUUUUCACUACCACUUUCCUUCACGCCGGAAUCGUCCAUUUGGCAAUUACGUUGCUGAUUCAGUACUUUCUGAUGAGGGAUUUGGAGAAACUGACAGGAUCUUUGCGCAUUGCUUUCAUUUAUUUUAUCGGGGCUCUCGCUGGGAAUCUGGCUAGCGCAAUUUUCGUCCCUUACAGGGCUGAGGUUGGUCCGGCCGGCGCACAUUUCGCGCUCUUGGCUACGUUAGUAGUAGAAGUACUUCAUUGUUGGCCUAUGCUGAAGCAUCCACGACGCGCACUGUCCAAGCUGAUUCUAAUUUUGUUGGGGUUGCUCGUGUUAGGCAUUCUGCCGUGGGUAGACAACUAUGCGCACCUAUUUGGCUUCAUCUUUGGUUUUUUGGCGGCUUACGCGCUGAUGCCAUUCAUCUCAUUCGGCCAUUAUGACCGCAGACGGAAGAUUCUACUGAUCUGGGUUUGUUUGAUCCUAAUCGUGGGCCUGUUCGCGCUGCUGCUCGCACUCUUCUACAACGUACCGGUAUACGAGUGUGAGGUAUGCAAGCUAUUCAACUGCGUACCAUUUACCCGCGACUUCUGCGCUUCCCAAAACAUCAAUUUCAAGCGGGAGGAACCAGUAUGACACAUGGGGCCGCGGUUCAUAGACGAGCGCGAAGUUGUUCCGUUUGGCCCCCGACCUCACGCUCUUCAUCAUCGCGCACACCACCACAAUCCAUCAUUAGCAUUCGCUGUGCUCGUCCUAGGGAUGCUUCCCCUCGAUUCCUGAAGUUGCAAAAUUAUUUAAAGCUAAUUCAGCAAUUUCUUCAUUCGAAGGCUGUCCGAAACUGGAGAUCUUCUAAUUCACUGGAAUCUGACACCAUAAAUUACGUAAAACUAGAGGGAGAUUUUCUGAGAAUUAUUAGGUAUCCAAAGGAAAUGUCUUGAACCUUUGAAAAAGCGGAGAAGAAAAGAGGAGAUCUUGGAGGGAAUUAAGAUAAAAAUUAAAAAAGGACUUUUUGCUUCUAAAGUAGUUGAGAGAAAUAUUUUCUUUCAUUUUAAUUAUGAGAGUCGAUGUCCUGGAAAUAUCAGGAGAAAAGAAAUUU